GUUGUAUAAUAAAGGCGCCGUAUCUGUUUUGCGCCAUUGCGGGUUUAAAAUCGGGUAGAAAAGUCGUUUGUUGUAAAGAGUAUAGUUAAGAAACCACUAAGAUGAGAGAAAUUGUGCAUAUCCAAGCUGGUCAGUGUGGUAACCAAAUAGGUGCUAAGUUCUGGGAGGUGAUCUCUGACGAGCAUGGUAUCGAUCCAAUCGGAGCUUAUCAUGGAGACUCAGAUCUACAAUUGGAAAGAAUCAAUGUGUACUACAAUGAAGCUUCAGGAGGUAAAUAUGUCCCUCGUGCCAUAUUGCUGGAUUUGGAGCCUGGUACAAUGGACUCUGUCCGGUCUGGGCCUUUUGGACAGCUGUUUCGUCCUGAUAAUUUUGUUUUUGGUCAGAGUGGAGCAGGAAACAACUGGGCUAAAGGUCACCCUUUGUUCUCCUGAAGAAGAAUAGUCAAC